UUCUCUAACCACAAUAUAAAAAUGCUGCAAAAGCUGGAAAGAAUUGGAUGCGUGCGUCCACGCGUGCGUUUUGCCUCACUAUUUAAGCGCGAGUUGAGGAUUAUUUUGCUCAUUCUUGGCUUUAUUUUUCCUUUAUUGUUUCCUGUGUUUCUUUGUUCUUAUGUCAGUUUAUGGUUCUUUGAAGUUUCUAGUGUGUCCUUAAUGCUUGGGUGUGAUGAUAAUCCGGUCUUUGCAUUCAGAUCAUUCAGGUUUUUAAUAAGUGAUGGGAUCAAUGAGUAA